UGAUGUCCGCUAGACUUCGUUUAUUUCACAAAUUUCCAGUUCCUAAAAGCGCUGCGGGGGGGUUCGGUACACGCAAUUGUGACUCUAGCACUGUAGCGAUUACGAGCUAGCGCUCACGACCCACACGCAGUGCACACGUUGAGUAUACGGUAGUUUAUGGGAAAUCGUCGGAUAGAGAAUAAUCUUAAAGUCUUAUAGGUGCACGAUUCAGGUAUCACGGUUUCCUUACUUACUAAUGUUGGACGUAAAAUUAAAUCUGUCUAAAGGGAGCGGAAUUGACAGUGACGUUAGUUAAACUCUCAAAAUUGCACUUGUUGGUUUGCAACUACAUGCUUUGAAUUACUAAUGACACAGCAUAAGAACUAGAAACUAGUUCCAUUCUGUGCCAAUGACGCCCCAAUUGUUCCGACAUAUUGGAGUAAUGGCGUCUAUUUUCACCUUUCAUGGAAUUUGCUCACCCACUUGUGAUCUAUUCGGGUUUUCGGCCUUCACAGUUUCUUUCUAGUCAACAAAUGUAGAUGUUUGCUGUCCGAGAAUUGAGUAAUUUGUAAGAAGCUGCGAGGAGGUCUACUGGGCAAAUCGUUGCCAAGAUCUUGAUUUGAGUGCAGAGGAAAUUCCAGGUGACUGAAAUGGCAGAGGAAAGUAUUGAAGUGAAAUCAGCUGGUCCGUCUUCACCUUGUAGUCCUCAUAACAAUGGAACAGGGAAGCCUAGCAGUCCACCAUUACCAGUACUUCGACAACGCAGAGUUAAAUUAACGGAGCAACAAUUGGAGAGCUCGUCAAGGGAUGAAUUGGCAUUGAAGUGGCGAGAACAGGACUUAUAUGUGGAAUGUCUAGAGGCACAAGCUGCAGCCCAGGAAGGUGAACUAGCUUCACUGAGAGAUUCAGAAGACAAGUACAGGCAACAAUGUGCAGAAACAUCACACAGAGAGAAGAUUUUGGUGAGGAGGCUCGCCUCCAAGGAACAGGAACUGCAAGAAUAUGUUAAUCAGAUAUCGGAAAUGAAAGCUGCUCAGGCACCAUCUACAGCAGCCAUGAAAUCUGCCUUAUUGGACCCCGCUGUGAAUGUACUUAUUCACAGGCUACGACAAGAGCUCAUCACAACAAAAGCCAAGUUGGAAGAUACACAGAAUGAACUUAGCGCUUGGAAGUUUACACCAGAUAGCAAUACUGGCAAACGGUUGAUGGCAAAAUGUAGGCUGCUAUAUCAAGAGAACGAAGAACUUGGCCGAAUGAUCGCCAGUGGCCGGAUUGCUAAGCUAGAAGGUGAACUAGCGUUACAGAAAAGUUUCAGUGAAGAGGUCAAAAAAUCUCAAUCUGAGUUGGAUGAGUUCUUACAAGAUUUAGACGAAGACGUGGAAGGUAUGCAGAGCACAAUUUACUUCUUGCAACAAGAACUUCGUAAGGCCCAUGAAUCUGUGAUGUUACUUCAGCAAGAAAAUGUUACGCUCAAGUCCACUCUAGGUGAAAACAUAACGAAUGGCUUAUCCCCUCACACUCCACCAGUCAAGAAAGAGGAAGCAGAAGAAUUCAAUUCUGCAGAAGAAGUCAGAGCCAUGAAAACAGAAGAUAGUGAGGUGUGCAAAGGUGCUAGGACUCCACCAUUACCGCCUGAGGGUUCACCUCAAAAUUACAGGGAUAGUGUUGAAUUAAGAGAGAGGACAGAGCGUAGGCCUAGUCAGUCGGAUCUCCAAAUUGACGAGAGUUCCAGUGAUUCAGCAGCUCUUAUAAUAAAAGUUGAAAACGAAGAACUAAGUGACAGGGAGGAAGAGGAACAGGAUAACCGCAAUAGCAAAUGGACGUUGAGAACUAAACUUAAUAACAGAGCCAGUAGUGAUAAGUCGAAUGGAGAAGAAGUGACAAGAAGAACAACUAGGGGUAGGGAUAGAGCUAAAAGGGAGCAAAGUGGGGCAGGCAGUGACGAAGAGAGAACUCAUAAGAAAAAACGAAGAGAAAGUGUUCUGUCUCUCGAUUACAACGAGGCUGACGAUGAUGCACUGGUACUAACAAACGGUGAGACGCUUCAGAGUGACCCUGAAUGAACAGAUAUUGAUGAAAAUCGCAAAAGUAAACUUAUAUGUUGUAGCUAACCCUUGUUUUUCUAAUUCUUCUAAUCUUUACUCUCAGAGAGCUAGAAACCAUUUGCUCCCCUUAAAUAGGUCCAAACAGUUUGGUAAAAAUAAAGAGUUGAAUGACAUGCUGUGACGUGUGUGUGUGUGUGUGUGUGUGUGUGUGUGCGCGCGCGGGACUAUAUGUCUAGAUAUCUCUACAUAGAUAUAUAUAUAUUUAUCACUAUAUUGGGCAUAUCUGAUUGUAGUAUACAUAUAUGUAUACAUAAUAGGUCGAUAUCUAGAUAUACAUUAUAUCCCAAGUUACGUAGAAUAAUAAUGAAUAUUGAAAUAUGUUAUCAUGAUUAUUAUGUAUCCUGACGUUAACACUAUCGUUAAUAAUUAGCGGUCCAUUUUGGAUUACAAGGUGUAUAAAACCGAUAUGAAAUUCAAGCGAGUAGCGAAUCGAGGUGUGGAACAUGUCAUUGUAUGCACACAUAUGAAUACACAUUACAAAAAAUUGGAUUUCAAAUUCAUCCAGUUUGUUUUAGAACAAAAAUUCUUGUACUAAGAGCGUUCUUUUGCUGUUUCAAUAUUAAGCAAAGGAUUAUCUGUAUACUAAUUGCUUGUUUCAUAUUUCCUUUGGCCCUCUCUUCCUCUCGAUUAUCUACUUUUAUCAUAAUAGUUUUGCCUAUUGUGAAAUAUAUAUAUUUUCAAGAA